AUGGCCACCCUGCUCCGCAGCAAGCUAUCCAAUGUGGCCACGUCGGUGUCCCACAAGUCUCAGGCCAAGGUGAGCGGCAUGUUCGCCAGGAUGGGCUUCCAGGCGGCCACAGAUGAGGAGGCGGUGGGCUUCGCGCACUGCGACGACCUCGACUUUGAGCACCGGCAGGGCCUGCAGAUGGACAUCCUGAAGGCCGAGGGCGAGCUCGGCGGCGCGGACGAGGGCGGCGAGGCGCCCGUCGAAGGAGACAUCCAUUACCAGCGCGGGGGCGGCGCGCCCCUGCCGCCCUCGGGCUCCAAGGACCAGGCGCUGGGGGCCGGGGGCGAGUUCGGGGGCCAGGACAAGCCCAAGAUCACGGCGUGGGAGGCCGGCUGGAACGUGACCAACGCGAUCCAGGGGAUGUUCGUGCUGGGUCUGCCCUACGCCAUCCUGCACGGCGGCUACCUGGGGCUGUUCCUCAUCAUCUUCGCCGCCGUGGUGUGCUGCUACACCGGCAAGAUCCUCAUCGCGUGCCUGUACGAGGAGAACGAGGACGGCGAGGUGGUGCGCGUGCGGGACUCCUACGUGGCCAUCGCCAACGCGUGCUGCGCCCCGCGCUUCCCCACGCUGGGCGGCCGCGUGGUGAAUGUGGCGCAGAUCAUCGAGCUGGUGAUGACCUGCAUCCUGUACGUGGUGGUGAGCGGCAACCUCAUGUACAACAGCUUCCCGGGGCUGCCUGUGUCGCAGAAGUCCUGGUCCAUCAUCGCCACGGCCGUGCUGCUGCCCUGCGCCUUCCUGAAGAACCUCAAGGCCGUGUCCAAGUUCAGCCUGCUGUGCACUUUGGCCCACUUCGUCAUCAACAUUCUGGUCAUCGCCUACUGCCUCUCGCGGGCGCGCGACUGGGCCUGGGAGAAGGUCAAGUUCUACAUCGACGUCAAGAAGUUCCCCAUCUCCAUCGGCAUCAUCGUGUUCAGCUACACGUCGCAGAUCUUCCUGCCGUCGCUGGAGGGCAACAUGCAGCAGCCCAGCGAGUUCCACUGCAUGAUGAACUGGACGCACAUCGCCGCCUGCGUGCUCAAAGGCCUCUUCGCCCUCGUCGCCUACCUCACCUGGGCCGAUGAGACCAAGGAGGUCAUCACCGACAACCUGCCCGGCUCCAUCCGCGCGGUGGUCAACAUCUUCCUGGUGGCCAAGGCGCUGCUGUCCUACCCGCUGCCCUUCUUCGCGGCCGUCGAGGUGCUGGAGAAGUCGCUCUUCCAGGAGGGCGCCCGCGCCUUCUUCCCCGCCUGCUACGGCGGCGACGGGCGCCUCAAAUCCUGGGGCUUGACGCUGCGCUGCGCGCUCGUGGUCUUCACGCUGCUCAUGGCCAUCUACGUGCCGCACUUUGCGCUGCUCAUGGGCCUCACGGGCAGCCUGACGGGCGCCGGCCUCUGCUUCCUGCUGCCCAGCCUCUUCCACCUGCGCCUGCUCUGGCGCAAGCUCUUGUGGCACCAGGUCUUCUUCGACGUGGCCAUCUUCGUCAUCGGCGGCAUCUGCAGCGUGUCCGGCUUCAUACACUCGCUCGAGGGCCUCAUCGAGGCCUACCGAACCAACGCGGAGGACUAGGGCGCGCGGUGGCCGCGCCCCGGGCACCGCCCCCACCCACCCCCCGACUCCACCUCCCCUCGGGUACCCCCACCCGCCCCCACCAGCCCCGUGCGCCCCGCCGCCAACCGCGCCGCCAACGCCGCCGCCCGCUGCGCUUGGGAAGCCAAGCUUUCAACAUCUCCGGUUCCCCCGCUCCUGGUUCUCGGGCAUGGGGUGGGUGGGAGGGCUUCGGGAUCUCCAAUCCAUCGCGUCUGCGUUUCUGUUGUCCUUUCUUUUCCGCAACACCCCGGUUUCCGCGGGAGGCGGGGGCGCCUUGGCGGUCAGGGUAUUCUGUCCUUCCAGGAGGGGGCCCGACACUUUGGUCCCAGUCACCGAGGGGCGGGGGGGAGGGUGGGAAGUGUAGGGAGAGGGGGCGCAGUCGCAGAAACUUGACCUUGGGGGAGGGGGGACAUUUCAUAGCCAUCCAGUGCUCGGCGGAACCCGCAGCGUCCAGCCCUUUCCAGCAAGAGAAGCCCAUUUAGUCCCCUGACCGGUCCACCCUGCCGGGGAAAGGUAGGCCGGCAUCGUCCCCAGCGGGCGGUCGCCUGCGGGGAACGCGGGGAGGCGAGGAGCCGAGGCAGGGGGUGGGGCCGGCUUGCCUGCCGGUUUUCAGGAAUCCAAACUCAUCUUGUGCAAUUUAUCAGGUUGUGGAACUGUUCUACUGUGCGUGUGGUGUGCUCGUGGUGAAUAAGAUGAAAUGUAUAUCAGAAAAAAAAUCUAUCUCUAAUUUAGAGUGCGGUGCAUAAUUAUAUCCGCAAAUAAAGACGAAACAAAGGUGCCCGCC